AUGGCGUGGGAAUGUGUCCAAGAGUAUUCCCAGUAUUUGCAGGCCCCUGCCGACUCCUGCCAGCUCCUGUCAGCCCCUGCCAAUUUCUAUCAACCCCUGCCAGCCCCUGUCAGCCCCUGGCCCCUGUCAGCCCCUGCCAAACCCUGCCAGCCUCUGCCAACCUCUGUCAACUCCUGCCCAUCCUCAUUAGCUCGUGCCAUUCCCUGCCAAAAUCUAUCAAAUCAUGUCAGUCCCUGUCAGUCCCUGCCAGCGCCUGUGUCCCUGCCAGUGCCUCCCGUGCCAACGCCUGUCCAACCCAUUUUAGCUCGUGUCAUUCCUGCCACAUCUACCAUCCCUACAACCUGCCAGCCCCAUCAACCCCUGCCAGCACCAGCCAGCCCCAGCCACUCCCCCUGCCAAGCCCCUGCCAGCCCCCUGCCCAGCCCCUGCCUAGCGCCUACAACGACAACAGAACUCGAGGCGGAAGAGGAAGAGCGAGCCAUACACGCCAUUGCUGUUACAUCCGGCGAAAUACUCCGAGAACCGUUGGAAUGA